AUGCGGAGAGAGUGGGAAGAAGCACACACUGUGACUGAAGAGCUAGUCGAAGGUCCACCAAGCAGACGCGCAAACGCUACACUCACGACGUGUCCUGUAGGGAACCAUCUAUGGUGCAUCGGUGGCGAAUUCUUCAGUGAGGAUGGGCGAGCUCACUUUUACAACGACGUCUUUCGGUACACCCCGGAGAAAGACGAAUGGCGCAAAUUCGUAUCUCCAACGUGUCCAGGCCCACGAUCCGCACAUGCAGUCGUUGCCUCUCCCGCGGGGGGCGGGAAGUUGUUCCUCUUUGGAGGAGAGUACAGCUCUCUGCACCAGAACACGUUCCAUCACUACCGCGACUUUUGGGUGUUCGACAUUCAGACACAUUCUUGGGACCGGAUUGAUACAAAGGUCCGCCCAAGCGCGAGAUCGGGUCAUCGGAUGGCACUUUGGAAGGGUUUUGUCGUUUUGUUUGGAGGGUUUUAUGACCCUGGGGUUACCACUAGGUACCUUAACGACCUAUGGGUCUUCGAUAUGCAGGAGUACAAAUGGUCUCAAGUUGAGUUCAAGGAAACAGAGCUGAAACCAUCGUUCGUCUCUCCGACACCCAUUACAUUCACGUGUGACUCUCUUCUUAGUGCGCGAAGUGGAUUCUCCUUCCUUCCCUGCACCGACGGCAUCAUCCUCCAUGGAGGUUACUGUAAAGAAUACUACAAAGGCAAACGCCCCGUUGGCCGGAUGCUUGAAGAUACAUGGCUUCUAAAGAUCACUACACCAGAGCCACCCACAAGCUCUUCUACAACCGCUCCCACCAAAUCCAAACCAUCUUCGAGUUCUCAGCACAAUCACGGUUUAUCAUUUAAAUGGGAACGACGAAAACGCGCUUCGGACGCGUAUGCCCCAUCCAUCCGCUCAGGGUGCACGAUGGCGCUUUGGCCCACACGAGGGAUGGGCAUUCUGUUUGGAGGGGUGACGGAUGAAGAUAAGGACGAGGAGACUUUGGACAGUGUGUUUUGGAACGAUCUAUAUGGUUACCAACUUUCUGGUAAAGGACGGUGGACGAGUUUGGCGCUCAAAGCACCAAAAUCUAAAGGAAGUGCGAAAGCGAAGAAAAAGAAGCAGAAGGAGAAGAAUUGGAGCGAUAAUGAAGGAAGCGGUGACGAUGCUGGGUUGGUGGCGGAAGACAGUGAAGUGGCCGACAAGACCCCAAUCACGCCACUUCAAUCUGCACCCUCCAAGUCAAACAACCAUGAGACCAGUGCUAAUGAAGACCCCAAUCUCACGCUUCCAAUACCACGGUAUAACACCAUGCUUACCGUUCUGAGAAACACACUUUACAUAUAUGGUGGGAUAUAUGAACGUGGUUCUCGGGAAUAUACACUGGACGACUUUUAUUCCAUUCAACUGGACAAGCUGGACAAGUGCACUUGUUUGAAGGAGAGUGCGGUGAUUGUCCCGGACGUGGGAGAGGAGAGUAGUAGCAGUGAUGACGACGACGACGAAGACAACGAAAGUGGGGGUGACGAUGAUAGUGAUGAUGAGGGUGGGGAGGGCACACUGGUCGGCGAUGAGAUUGAGGAAGGCGGUAUAAAGAAGGCGAUUGCUGUUCCUGUCUUGGAAGUGGCGAACGAAGAAGGGGCGGAAGGGGGUCACGAAGAAGGGUUCGAGGAGAUUCAGGAUGAAGAGGAUGAUCUGCGAAAGCAAGCUUCUGCCUUUAUGGGCGUCUCAAAAGACACCACCCGAUCAGCCGAGGAUGUCAUCAGCACACCACUGCCUGGAGAAACCCUGGCGAUGUUCUACGCUCGAUCUCGUGAACAUUGGACGAGCAAAGUUUUCGGAACCAGUGAUAAUCGGGGAAAGGAAUUGCGCCGAGAUGGUUUUGCGCUGGCAGAGGAGCGAUAUGCGGAGUACAAACCAAUCCUCGAAAAAGUCGAGAAGAUUCUCGCAGAAGCUGGGUUGGACGAAGAUGAGAUGAGGCGCAGCGCCGUCACUGGAACUGGGGGUAAUUUCGCUGAGCAAAGUCGAAACCGAAGGUGA